CCCUUCAAUAUGAGCCCUGACUGCAGAGUAAGAGAAGCAAAGCAAGGUUCACACCUGCGUUUUCAUGAAGGCUGAUCAAGAAAUGUGUACAGAUACCAUCACUUAGGAAUCACCAAGCAAAUUAUCCCUGGAAAAGGUCAUGUGGCUUGGGCUUUAGAAAUGGUGAAUGUCUGGAGCACAAGUUCUUUGAGGAGUGGCUGAGGGAGCAGGGGUUGUUUAGGCUGGAGAAAAGCAGGCUCAGGAGAGACCUUAUCACUCUUUACUACUACCUGAAAGGAGGGGUAGCCUUGGCCUCUUCUCCCAGGCAGCCAUUGACAGGACAAGAGGACAGUCUCAAGCUGUGCCAGGGCAAGUAUAGGUUGGGCGUUAGAAGGAAUUUCUUCACAGAAAGGGUGAUUGAUUAUAUUCUGGAAUGCAGUGCACGGGGAGGUGGUGGAGUCACCAUCCCUGGAGGUGUUUAAGGAAAGACUGGACCUGUAGUACCCAUGUCCAGCUGACAUGGAGUUUGGUCAUUGGCUGUUCCCGAUGAUCUCAGAGGUCUUUUCCAACCUAAUUCAUUCAUGAUCCUAUAGAGGCUACUUUGGUACGAAGACAAGGCUGGUCCCGGCUUCGGAAGGCCUGAGCAGCCGGCUCUACUCCCCCGACGUCCUCCCGGCUUGGCAGGGCUGCCUCCGGCCCCAUCGCUAACGGGGAUGGCCGCGCCCCGGCGCUCCCAGCACGGGCAGGGCGGGCCCCGCCGGGCCCCUCCGCAGCUGUGGGGCCGGGCCGGGCCGGGGGAUGCCGGGGCCGCCCCCGCUGCCCCGCGGCGCUUUAAUGCCGGCGCUGGCGGCCCCAGCCCCGCUCACUACCAUGCUCCGCGCCCGCCGGGGCCGGCCGGGGGCCGCGGGCAGCGCCCGGCAGGGCGGCCUCGCCUUCUACGUGCUGUGGGCUCUGCGGGAGCCGCCGCGGCGCCUCGGCAGCCAGUCCAGCCAGAUGGGUUUCCAGGCUUGGCUGCCGCUGCCGUUGCCAAAGCAGCUGGUGGUGUUCGGGCUGGGAGACUGGAGCUGCUACUCCCCGGACACGAGCAUCGCAGUGGACGUGCUGGUGUCCCCAGGCGUGGCGCCACAGCGGCUCGGCACGCUGGAGCCCACCCGCAGGUCUCUGGUGUGGGAAGGUGACUGGAGAACAGAUAUUUUCAUGGCCUCGUUGAAAGAGAUGGACAAAGGCAAUCCUGUGAGGCUUGUCCUGACUGUCAACGGACAGCUGCCCCAAGGUGUCUACAGCAGUACACCUGCCCAUCCCUUCCUUGUACCAGAGACCUCCCAGUCCCCAGUUCUCCCAGCAGAUGAUGGGCCCUGUGGCCAGGACCUGGAGGAUCCUACGGGGGUUGAGAGUCAAAGCCCAGAAGUGGCUGCCAGAGCAUCCAGGCCUGUGAAGAAGGAUGUCCAGCCACCACCGAGGACUGUGGUGGUACCCUGUGCCCUGAAGUCACCAGCUGGAAAGGUGGAAUCCAGUGAGGCCUGGAGGAAGAGUCCUGACCAAGGACCACCAAGAGUCCACUCCAAAAAGCCCAGAAAAGUUUUAUUUGAACCCACACCAUCUGAGAGAGAUCUCGAUGAAGAAGAUAUGGCGGUCAAGGAGUUGCAAGGCAGCCCCAGCCCUCGGUGGUGCCACGCCAUGUGCCUCAGUGACCUGGGGACAGCUGUUCUCAUUGGUGGAGAAGGUGUCAAUCAACAGUCCUGCAGGGAUGCUCUCUGGAAGCUGGAAAUUGACAGUGAUUUAUGGCUUCCAGUGGGUUUCCAGCUACAAAAUGCCAUGCCAUCGUGCUUGCAUGGUCACACAGCUACCUACGACCCUGACACCAAGCGUAUCUACGUCUUUGGGGGCAUAAGGGAGGACAAAGACUACAGCAGCAUCUACAUUCUGGACACAGUCACCUGGAAAUGGCUCCUUGUGGCUGCUAAAGGGAGGAUACCAGUGCUCACCUACCACAGUGCAACUAUCUACCACAAGGAGCUCUUUGUUUUUGGAGGAACUUUCCCCAGAAAGACAUCGCUGGCAGUUGCACCCUGCAGCAAUGUGCUCUAUGUCUUCAAUCCAGAGCAUGAAAUUUGGUAUCAGCCCAUUUCAGAAGGGGAGAAGCCUCUGCCUAGGCUUGGGCAUUCAGCUACUCUAUUGAAAAACAAGCUGCUGAUUUUUGGUGGUCGGACGACUUCUCUCUACCUCAGUGACAUGCACAUUCUGGAUCUGGGUUUCAUGGAGUACACACCAGUCCCCCUCCUGGCAGGACAGCCUUCUGCACGUUGUUUUCAUGCAGCUCUGGCUGUGUCAGACCAGAAGGUUCUGAUCAGUGGAGGCUGCAACACCAGAGGAGCCUUGAACGAUGCCUUUGUCUUCCACCUAGAUACUCUUUCAUGGAGCACAGUGAUCCACCACGACCUCUGCUCUGUUCCCCGAGCUGGCCACACAUUGCUUGACCUGACUCCUGCCCACUUGAUGGACAUGGACAAGGAGAACAAAGAGGAGCAAAACCUGCACACAGUGUUGAUCUUUGGGGGCUCCAACUGUGCUGGAACCUUCUAUAACAGCACAGUCAAGAUCCAGCUGGACCUAAGAUAAUGCAUGAUUCUCAGAAUGAGCCUGAGCAGCAAAGCUCUUCACCAGCCUAAAUACAGAUAUGGAUGGCAAUAAAUGAGUCCAAGCAACAUGGCAGUCCAGGUAUCUGUAUACAGAUGCAUGGCACCUUGGUACAAGAGAUUGUAGGUUUGUAGUCUGAAGGCCAUGGGUAUGUUGUUCUCCUAGGGUACCUGAUAUACAACAUCUGGGCUCAGGUGCCAAAACACUCAGUGGGAUUUGAGCUGAGCCUGCACAAGAACAGACACAAGGUUAUGGGUUCCCUUCUUGUGCUACAGGUUUUUAGCUGGAAUUCCCAGGGUGCUUUCAGCUUUGAAGGUGACUAUUUGGAAAGUCCUCACACUAAAAGUACAGGCAUGAUUCUGGUUUGGAGGGGAUCUGGGGUGGGAUUCUCUUGGGCAACAGUCUGCAGCUGAAGGCUAGGAAAAUACCUAAAGCAGUAUCUGAGGAUGGGAAGAGAACAUAAUUACAAUCACCUAGCUUUGCUGUAGGCAGAUCUUUUAUAAAUUUCAUGCAACUGCUCUUGUUAUUGUAAGAGUGGCUGACUUGGCUCUUUCAAGACCCCAACAAGGGUUAAGCUAUCUUCCAGCAGAGACUAGAUCUCAUUGCUUAUAUCCAUGGAACAGAUGACUGUGCUGUAGCUCUGAGGCAGCU